UAUUUUUGGUUACGGUUAAUGUUCUCUGGCCGUCUUGUCAACUUCUGGUGGCGCACAUGUAGUGUUUGUUGAGUCAAAUUUAUCAAGAAUACCACCCGUUUUGUUAUUUCUUUAACAUCUUUUAAGCCGAAUAAUGUCUUAUAGUGCAAGUAGAGGUGGUGGUGGUGGCAACUCCACAACUAUGAUGGUAGAAUCUUCUAACGUUGGAAAGAUUAUAGGUCGUGGUGGAAGCAGAAUCAGAGAUUUGGAACAGGACAGUAAUGCCAGGAUAAAGAUAUCAAGAGAUGAAAAUGAAGAUGGCAUGAAAUCUGUAGAAAUCAGUGGAACAGAGGAAGAAGUUGAAAAUGCCAGAAGAAUGAUUGAGGAGUGUUUGAAUGGAGGUGAUAGUGGAGGGGGUGGAAGACGAGGCGGUUAUGGAGGAGGACGUGGUGGACGUGGCGGAAGCGGUGGUGGAUAUGGAAGGCGAGAUGAAGGAUGGGGUCGCAGAGAUAGAGAUAGUGGAGAUGGUUGGGGAAGACGAGAUGAUUAUGACAGAGGUAGCCGUGGAGGCUCUGGUAGAGGUGGUGGUGGUGGUUUUGGUGGCAGCAGCGGUGGUGAAUCUGAAACAAUAUAUGUGGAAUCAUCAGAAGUUGGCAGAAUUAUAGGCCGUGGUGGAAGUCGGAUCAGAGAUAUGGAAGCUGAUAGUGGUUGCAGGAUAAAGGUAUCUCGUGAUGGAGAUUCAGCAGGACACAGUUCAGUAGAAUUGUCUGGUAGCAAAAGUGCCAUCUCAGAAGCUAAGAGACUUAUCCAAGAUGCCGGAGUUGAAAUAGUUAAUGGCAACGAACGCGGCCGUGGUUGGCCAGAUUAUAAAGUAGGUGGUUUUGGGACAGAUAGUUCGGGCACUUUGUUUGAAGUGAACACCUCUGAGAAGCAGAGAGAACAAGAGGAAAUCAAGAAACCUGCUCCAAUAGACUGGAAUGCAGUUCGUGAUCAAGAAAACUUGCGAUUAAAUAGUAGAUUUGAAGAUUUACCUCCUAUUGUUAAAAAUUUCUUUAAGGAAAAUAAAAACUUUCCAAAAAUGUCAGAGGAUGAGGUUAAACGCUACAGGAAAGAAAAUAACAACAUAACAUUUGAAGCUCCAGACUUUGAGACAGUUCCUCAUCCUGUACGGUCUUUUGAAGAAAUCUUUGGGGAUUAUCCUGAAAUACUGUCUGAGAUACAGAAACAAAAAUUUGUUAAACCCUCACCAAUUCAGAGUCAGGCAUGGCCUGUACUUCUACAAGGCAAAGAUCUUAUAGGAAUAGCUCAGACUGGCACUGGGAAAACACUGGCUUUUCUUUUACCAGCUUUGAUUCACAUUGAUAAUCAACCAGUUCCACGCAAUGAACGGGUCGGUCCAUCAGCCUUGAUACUGUCUCCUACCAGAGAACUAGCUCAACAGAUUGAGAUGGAAAUUAAUAAAAUCAAUUAUAAAGGAAUAAGGAGCAUCUGUGUCUAUGGUGGAGGUGAUCGCAGAGAGCAGUUAAAUAAAAUCAAGAAAGGUGUUGAAAUAGUGGUGGCCACUCCUGGGCGGUUGAACGACUUUAUGAAUUGUGGUGCCGUUAAUGUUAAACAUGUCACAUAUUUAGUUAUGGAUGAAGCGGAUCGCAUGCUAGAUUUAGGCUUUGAGAUAGAGAUCAAGAAAGUGAUGUUAGACAUCAGACCAGACAGACAAACUGUUAUGACAAGCGCUACAUGGCCACCAGAUGUCCAGAGACUAGCUGAUCAGUAUCUAACUAACCCAAUCAAAGUAUUUGUGGGAACCUUAGAUCUAGCUGCUGUACACAGUGUCAAGCAAUAUGUAGAGCUUGUAGAUGAAGCUGACAAGAAAAUGUUGCUUUUGACAUUCAUAAAUAAUAUGCAGAAAAAUGACAAAGCCAUUGUUUUUGUUGGCAAAAAAAUUAUUGCUGACGAUGUGUCCAGUGACUUGGCCAUGAAGAACAUUACUUGUCAGUGUAUACAUGGAGACAGAGAACAAUGUGAUCGUGAAGCAGCAUUAGAAGAGUUUAAGGAUGGAUCAGUCCGUAUUCUUGUUGCUACAGAUGUUGCCUCCAGAGGCCUGGAUGUUAAAGAUAUUACCCAUGUUGUCAACUAUGAUUUCCCAAGUCACAUUGAAGAAUAUGUACAUCGCAUUGGAAGAACUGGACGUGCUGGUCGUUCGGGUAUAGCCUUGACAUUUGUAACUCGUAAUGAUUGGAAGAAUGCUCGGCAACUUAUCAAUAUUUUAACUGAAGCUGGUCAAGAUGUUCCAGAUGAUUUGGUCUCAAUGGCAGAAAGAUUUGCUGCAUUCAAACUAAGGACAGAGGAAGAAUUUGAGAGGAGUGGUUUCUCUAGAAGAGGUGGAAGAAACAGAGAAAAAAACAGUUGGAUGUAAAAAUAGGGAGAACAAAGAGGGAGUGAAUCUCAUCAUUGAGAGAAUUCUUGCUUUAUAUUCUUUCAAUUGUUGCUACAGGAGUAGUUUUCUUGAAUGGGGUACAUUAUGUCUCUGUUAGUGUCUGUUAAAAAUGUAUUACCAUUUUAUGAAGUGGAAUAAAAAUGUUUAUGUAAUACAUUCCCUGGAGUCAAGCAACAUGGCUGUGUUAAUAGUAAUCAUCCAUCUUGCAUCUGUAGACUGAUUCUUGCAUUUCAUUUGAAACCAUGAUGUGUGUUCCACACUUUGGUUUAAAGAUACAAAAUGUACAAAUGUCUAGUCAUGUUUAUUGAACUGCCCAUUGUGUAAGCUCAUACUGAAUCUCCACAACAAAGCUAAACAGUAUUAUAUCACAUUACUAUCAUCUUAUUAUCACAAUUUGUUUUACUUUGUACAAAAAAAAUGUUUUAUUUGUACUUAAAUUGUCAUGUUAGUUUCAUUCAAUUAUAACAUGUGACAUUUUUUAUAUUGCUUUGAUAUGCUUGACUAAAUUAUAAGAUGUGACAAUAUUUUUUAUACCGGUAUUGCGUUGGUUGGUAUGCUUGUUAAAUAAAAAUCAAAAAGUUUUAUUUUUGUAUUGCAAUCCAUUUUUUGUUUCUGUAAUUCAUACAAAUGAAUUAAAAAGAAAGGAAAUUA